CACCUUCUCAGCGGCAGACUCAGCGUGGCCAUCCCUGGUUAAAAUAAUGCCACCCUGGUUUUUGUUUUGUAAAGUGAAAUUGUUGCAAGUCAAACAACAAUAAUAAAAAGCAUUAAAAACGCAUUAAAAAAGUCAAAAAAAUUGCCCACUCAGAGCACGGCAACAACUGCAAGUGGCUGAACAAAUGACCACCGCCGCCUCCACAUCGCAGCAUGCGACAUCGUCCUCCACAAUGAUGGCGAGCUCAGGAUCCCUGGCGACCUCGUCGUCCGCCACCGGUGCCGCCCCCACCACCACGCCCAGCAGCUCGGCAGUUCGCGCCCUGGCCAUGGAGUACAAGUCACUGCAGGAAGAGCCGGUGGAGGGAUUCCGCGUCAAACUGAUCAACGACGACAAUUUGUUCGAAUGGGAGGUGGCCAUCUUCGGGCCACCGGACACCCUUUACCAAGGCGGCUACUUCAAGGCGCACAUGAAGUUCCCGCACGACUAUCCAUACUCACCGCCAUCCAUACGCUUCCUGACCAAGGUCUGGCACCCAAAUGUGUACGAGAACGGUGAUCUGUGCAUAUCCAUACUACAUCCGCCGGUGGAUGAUCCGCAGAGCGGGGAGCUGCCCUGCGAGCGCUGGAAUCCCACGCAGAAUGUGCGCACCAUCCUUUUGUCGGUCAUAUCGCUGCUCAACGAGCCGAACACAUUCUCGCCGGCCAACGUGGACGCCUCGGUCAUGUACCGCCGAUGGCGGGACUCACAGGGUAAGGACAAUGAGUAUCCAAACAUCAUACGGAAACAGGCACUGGCUGCCAACGCCGAGGCCAAGCGGGAAGGCAUUGUGGUGCCGAUGACCCUGGAGGAUUAUUGCCUGAAGCCCACGCGCAAGCCCACAACGGAGUCUGGCCUGGAUGCCAACUUCUACGAUGAUGAUUUCGACCUGGAGACGGAGGAUGAUCUGCCAUCUGAUGAUGACUUCGAUGAGGACGACGACGAUGAUGAGGACGAGGAUGAGGAUGAGGACAGUGCCACGGCGCCGAUUAGCAAAAAUAAUGGAGGCAACAGCAAGUGCAAGAACAACGGGCUGGGCAGGGAGGCGGCCGCUGCCGGAGCGGACGAUGCCGAAUCCGCUGAUGACAGCGGCAAGGGCGAGACCACAUAAUGCAGCCAGGCCAGAGUCGCGUCAUCUCUUCCUCCCACUCCUGCCCAAGGCGGCGAGCCACCGCCUUUUCAUUUCUCCAACAUUAUUACUAUGAUUAAUUCUAAUUAUAAACGUUUCAAAACUAAA